AUGCAGACUGCUCAAACCGUGUCAUGCCAUACACAGGCGGUACCAUUGCAAAUACAGCAGCAACCUCAGGAGCAAGUGAGAACCGCAAUGGGCUUGCAUGACUAUCUUGGGCGACCAGUGGUUUUACAAUUAUCACCCCAACUAGUGCAGCUCACUGACGCCAAAGGAACACCUGUCGGGGUAGCUUCUGUUCAGUACAUUCCUGGUUCCGGACAUCCGGUUGUGCUCUCCUAUCACCAGAGAGGAAGCCCACAGACGACCACGGCUCAACCGAUAGCCUCUAUCCAACCGGGUUCAUCAUCACCGGCCACUCAGCAACGGAUUGCUCAUGUUAUCCCGCUAGCACCGGGUGCGGUAGCUGCUCAACCUCAGCAAGCGGUUAUCGCCAAUGUGCCACCACUUACGGGUCAACCACGGGUUGUGCAGGCUACACAGGUUGUUCAAAAACAGAACGACAACACAUUCCGGUUUGCUCAGAUGGGAUCUGGCGGGCAGUUCACAGUAGCGCCACCUACAGAGAGGAGUCCGAGUAAACAAACACCGGUGGUCAUGAAAGCGGCAGGCACACCACAUACUAUAAUUGCCUCGCCAAAGCACAGCAUAACGAGCAUUAUUGGGCUGAGCCAAACACCUGCACAAAUGGCAACAAUGACAACCACCACGACUUCACAGCAGCCGCUGAUUGUUGCAUUUCAACCUUCAACAACUAAUUAUCAAACUUCACCUUCUCAAACUAAUGCCCAACAAAAUUCUCAACAAACUGCAGUCAUACAGGGUGGAUACACAAGUGAAAGCAUGAACCCUUGCCUUCAAGAUAGUCCACGUACAGCAGAUCUAGCCGGAGAUUCACCUCAUAUGCCAAAUAGUGGACAAUCUGAGACGAUCUCUGAAACCGGUGAUGGCACAAUCGACAAUCCGAUAACUUUCGAUGAUCCUUCUUCGAUUUUGACCCCGGCUGCGUUGUCUAUGCACGAAGAGAUGUUGCGAGCACAACAGAAGAAGAUUGAAACAUUGCUAGAAGAGUUGGCAAAAAGCCAGGCACAUCUGAAGCAGGAGCAACAACUUAUUCUGACUGCAAAAAAAGCUCAGCAACGUAUUCGCGAACAACAACGGGAAAAUGCAACAAAUCGCGAACGAGAACAAUGGUUGCGAGAACUGGAUGUUGGUCAUAUCAACAAGCAACACAUUCAGCACUUCUUGCAGCACAAGAAACAACAAGCCGCUUUGCAGAGGCAUUCUAUGGAACAUAAUCGUUUAACCACCACAGAAGCAAGGUUGCAGGAAGAGUUGCAUGUUGAACAGGCUGUGCAGGAUAUUGUACGGCUCAUUAAGCAGGAUCCAAGAACGGCGUUGCUGAUAGUUCAGUUAUUGCGAAGGUACCAGCUCGAGAGAAAUGCCGAACAACAGCAAGCUAGUUCGCCUGACAAUGAAAAGACUUCACAAGCAAACUCGCCAGCUUCAGCCGCGCAAGAGUCCGUUGAAAACAAUUAUGAGAUUCCAGCGCAUAAUUUUGAACAGCAGAAUCAGAAAACGAAUGUUGUCGAGGAAGAUCAGCAGCUCCAAUCUGUCAUUAUAUGUGACGCCUCUGGAAUGCAGUUAAAUCACGACCAGCCUGUUGUCUACCAACAAAAUGGAAGAAUUGUCCAGGAGGGGAAAUCGCAAACUGUCGAUAUGGAGGAGAUUUUCAAAAGUGUUCUCGAAGAUGCAUCUCGAGCUAUGGGAAACAGUGGUGCUGUUGUUCAGAACGUUGAUUGCACCGUGACUAACAAUACCCAGCAAUCUCAGCAAGCUAUGGUAGUCUGCCAUCAACAAUGGCAACAGCCUAUGCAGCUUUCCGAAAUGGAAAUCGAGGGAACGGCUCAGCAAAACUGUGCACAACAGUCGCAACCCCAAGUUGUGACCCAUGCUGCCAUGCAGACAGGAGUGAAUACAACGCAGGCACCUCAAAUGAUGAUGAACAAUAGCCAAACGUUCGAACAGCAUGGACCUCAACAUGGCUAUUCCCAAGAUAUCGACGACCUAAUGGCCGUUCUUAGAGACGAUCAAGAAUGCUUUGCAGAUGGUAGCAAGUCAGGAUCAUUUCAAAUGGAUCUCGGCGUAGGCUACGGUAGCGAAGAACUGGCGGAUCUUCUCGGCGAUGAUUGGUUGGAUUGCGCUGAUCGUAGCAUUGCCAACAAUGGACAGUAUACUCCGUAUAGCAGCGAGCCUCACGAUAGUAUUGGCGGACGCAGCACGGAUCCAAUGUGCAUACCGUCUCAUGUAGAGGACAGCGAACAUGGACUGGUUGGACGUAAUGCUGCAAAAUACGCCAAUCGAGCAACGACCAUACGGGAACAGUUAAAAUUGGAAUCAUAA